CACCCUGGUUACAGACUAAGACCACACAAAUUGUGCGCGUGCUGUCGUGCUAUCCAUCGAUCAGUCUUAGACCGGAGUGGGAGUCAGCCAGCGACACUGCAUCACUCCAGCUCCAGACGAAUCGAUGAACCACAACGCCACCACGUAAUUAUCCUCCAAGCUUACAAACAAGAAAAACAUCCAGAUUCUAUGCUGCCACCCGUCCUUACACGAACUAUUUUAGACAGCAUUGCGACUCGAACAGACGCCUGCAAGAUUUCGUCUGCUAGCCACGGCCGGCCGCCAUUUUGCGGUGGUCAAAGGGAAGCGACUCUUGCUAGCCUGCUUCAUUAUCCAAUCUGCCGGCCGGCGCGCGGGCGAGGCAGGACCCGCCGAGCGGCGGAGAACGCAAUCGAAAGAAAAAUAAUUAUCGUCAUGGUAAGGCGAGACCGGUGGAAUCCGUUGCCGGUGCCCUGGUGGUGUCCAUGCUGUUGACGAGCUGCACGGCGAGGACAGAGGAGAAGUGUCCAUCUGGUGGGGCGACAGGGAGACGAACAUCGACAUUUCCAGGAGAGUGAGUGACACGGUGCGGGUCUUGUGGUGCGGUCACAGUACCUACAGGCUGCUGCUGCUGCAAGAGCAAGAGAGAUCACUCCCCUCCCUGCCCAGCCACCCUCCUCCGGCACUGCCGCGCACACACACGUGCAUGCACACCGCUCUACGCGCACUGACCGAUCGACCGCACGCACGCACGCACAGACACACGCACGCACGUGUACACACGCCUGCGCGUGGAGGAGGACGGGUGACGGAGGAAAAGGGUGGUGGGGGGAAGGAGGACAGUCUCUGCAAGUGGUAGUGGUGUUGCCGGUGGUGUCGAGUGUGGUCACCGUCGUCGGUCCGCGAAACAGGAUGGAUGGCCGAGUGAAAUGUGCAGCGUUGUCGAGGCGGCGGCACCAACAGCAGCAGCAACAGCGGCAGGUGGUGGUGGUGUUGGUCGUGGUAGUCGUUGCAGCAGCAGCGGCGAACAGCUGCAAGCAACAAAAGCAAAAGCAGCAAGCGGCGGUGUUGGUGGUGGUGGUGGAGUGUACGCGCCUGUUGUGGUGGUCGUGGUGGUGGUGUUAGUGACGGAGCAGAUUCCUGGCGUCGUGGUCAGUAUGAAGGCCCUGCCGGGUGCUGGCGGUGGUCGCGGGACAUAUGUGCUGCUGUGUCGUCUGGCCUGUGGAGUACUGUCCAUCGCCUGGAGCCUGGGACAAGGGGACGACGGCUACUACAACACCAACAUCAACAGCAACAGCGGCAUGAGCGCUCAGCCGUUCCAAGGAAUCGACAGCAUCAUCGAGGUGGAGUGUUCCGGUCGCGGGUUGGAUUCUAACACAGACUUGCUCAUCAUGACUCUCUUCGCGACCAACCGCGACCAGAUCGUCGCCUCCGCCAACCUCAAGAAGCUGGAGUGCACGACCUCGCAGAGCUUCUCCAUGUGCAUCAUGGACAGCAAAGGCCACGACACGAAAGUCAAGACCUUGGUGCUGGACCUCGCCGAGAACGAGAAGCGAGUCUACGGCUGCAACGUGUCCGUGGAGGUGGACCGGCGCGGCUCCAUCAAGUCCUGGUCACUGGAGGUGGGAAGACAGAAAGGGCCCACAACCCCCGUCAUUAUUCCAGUGCCAGACACCAUUGCUGAAGUUGUACCUGCUCAAACACCAACCACAUCAAGCAUGGACGAAGAAAACACAGGUAUGUUUCGUUUGAAUUUUGAAGUUCCACCUGGAGCUCUCAUCACUGGUGUCGUCUUUCUUAUCUUCUUCAUGAUCCUGUGCAUUGUCCUGAUUGUCCUCCACUUCAGGGAUCGUCGCAGACGACACUACCUCUCAGACGAGUACGACACCCCUCUGCCCAUCACUGGUGUCAUGGAGGACUCCCCCACGGCGGGCACCAGCGGUGGCAGUCGAAGGGUGGGGGAGAAGGAGAGAAUUUUGGGGGUGUCGGCCCGGUCACCCCGACCUUCAACCUCUUCCCCUCUGCCCAGUCACCUGGUGUCCCGAGGGGGCGGGCCGUCCACAUCCGGGGGCAGCGCGAGUUCGCUGCGGUAUCAGCAGACGGGCCUCCUGGGGCACGGUGUUCACGACGACACGGGCUACGUCACGGGGUCCAGCGUGUACUACGCCGAGCCGUGGAGCGGCGUCGACAACGAACUGAAGGAGCGACUACGUCCAUCGGCGCGCGUGGUGCACGAGAAGGUCGUGCACGAGAAGGUGACCCACGAGCGCUCGCCGUACGAACGCACGCCGCACGAGAAGGUGACGCACGACAAGAUCCCCCACGACAGCAAGGGCGGCCCCCUCAGCAGCUCUGCGCCCCCUGCCGACGACAAUGCCUGACCUCGGUUUCUCCUCAAAAGGUCUCCGUUCGUGACGUGCAAUAUUUAUACGGACACACCAAAACGCAAACUCGACCCGCUUACCGGAAAAAAGAAAAUACCAAAAAAAGAUAAAGACUGUGAAACUAAUGUGUGACUGAGGUCACGUGGUCCUUAUCGUCGACAAGACAAAAUGUCCAAGGUUCUUGUCUUUGCAGGCAAAGGAGUGUUGGUGACGUUUUGUGCUCUUUCUGCAAAGAGAACCGAAAACGGUUCCAUCCGACGCUGGACGUCCGAUUGAAAAAGGAAACAAGAAAAAAACAAACUUUUAAAAAAUCCCUUUCUUCGUCAUGUGUGGUCCACCGUGGACACUCGGAACGAAAGUUUCAUUUCACUGGAGGUGUCUGCAAGGCUUUUUUCAUCAGUUUCUGUGCAGACGAACCAUUGAGAGAAGCCUCGGUGGACCCGUUCUUGGGCCCCACCCUUCCAAAAUGUUUGGUGACGUAGACUUGUCGCUUUUGUCAUCAGUAGAUGAUCGUUAUUAAUCUGGACACCCAUCACCCUCCCCCCUACACACACACACUUACCCCUUAGUGCAGUUAAAGAAGAAAGCACGAAGGAAAAAAAAUAGGUGAACUGCUUGUUUGUGAAACUAUUCAAGGGGCAGAUGACCGACUGCUUUCUUCUCAUCAGUUACUUUAGCCAUUUAGUCUUUAAUCUUAUCUGUUCUCUUAGCUAGUUUUAGUUACAGCUAAUUUAUGCGUGUGUGGUCUUUUGUUUAGCAAAUCUGUUAGGCAUGACUUUUUUAAGUAAGACAGAACGAGCAAAAAAAAAAAAUAAUAAUAAUAGCAAAUAACUAAAAAUAUUUGUUAUCAACGUCCAUGACGAAUAAUCCUACUUAGACCCUUUUAAAUAAUUUAAGUUAGUAAUAAUUAAUUUAGGUAAUGAUUAGGAAAUAAUUUCCUUGCCGGGUAAUAUUAGAUUUUUAUGGCACUCGACUUUUCCUCAAAUAUUUCACAUUCCUCCGUAAGGGCGCACUUGUCCACUUGGAAGCAGGAUUCAGAAAUUUCUAGAAAGAAUCCCUGUCAUCCUUGUGAAUCAUAGUCAUUAGUGUUGCCUGCGGUCCUCUAACUUUCAAAAUCAGAUGCAGUUCCCUUAUUACAAAAGGUUCGCUUCUAGUCUGAUGUCUAAGAAAUGGUCAGAGUUGUCCCCAUUCACCUCCCGUUAUUUUCUCAAUAGCGGGAUGUCAAUAUUAUGCCAAGUAUGCCAAAAUAAUGCCAAGAAAUUGUAAAAAUGCGCACUAACACAGGCGUACACAUACGUAUUUAAUUAUUCUAGCUAGCGGAUGGUUUUCUCCAUAAACAAAAUUUACCUGUGUGUGUGUUUAUGCUUCUCUACUGUAUGAGAAUUUUGUUUAGAAUAGGAGGACUCCGUUCUCUUCUCUGUGAGAUAAAGUUCUCCACCCCUAAAAAAAUAAUAUAUAAUUAACUUAUUAACUAUUUUGUUAAUUAUUCAAACCUUGUCCGUCUUAAUUACACGGAUUGCUGUUUCCUGGACGCAUACAUUUUUUAAGGAUGAAAGAAAAGUCUUUUUCUUUUUUAAUUUGUAGUUGAAAGGGAUUUUUUUUACCGGUAAGAGGAAGACCUGGAGAGUAAGUUAUGUAUCUGACAUUCUUAAGACAGAAGAAAGUCCACACUACGCAUACUAACCCGAAAAAAUCAUCUGUGGCUCCAUGUUAGGUAAACAACAACAAGGGCAGAGCCUUUGUUUCUACACCGACUUGCGCUAUAUCUAUGUCAAAAGCUGAUGACUGUACCUGUUGCCUCCACUUUUGGACACAGAUGUAGCUCUGGAAAACCCGAUGACCUUUAUCUGUGCCUGAACAAAAUGUGAGAAGCUGGUGCUCUAACGACUGCCUUCGUGACAAGGACAAGGGAGACAAUUUUCCUCACAGCCAGACGUUGUGUUUGCGCAAGAGUUACGGUUCUUUGCCAAAUUGUUUUUUCAUCGCAGCUCUAAACAAGCAUUGUCAACAGAGCUGAAGCAAACAUUUUUUGGUAUAUUUUGCCACUUUUCCACUCAAAAAAAGAAAUCUUAAUGACUUAUUCGUGAAUAUUGAAUUUUCCUUGCCUAACAUCUAUCGACAAGAGUUAUCUAACCUUUCUGUGUCAAAGCUGUUGAAAGUUCUGUUUGUCUAAUCAGACAUGUAUAAUAUUGCAUGAAUCAUAUAUUGCCCGUUUGUAUAAUACAGCGGUUGCAUACUGUCAAAGCUCAUCCAGACCAACUACAUUUUUUUUUUUUUUGCAUUUAUCUGCAAAGGAAAAAGUCCACCGCCUUAUGCCCAGGUGUAUUUGUUUACACUGCGGUGUAUCUGUAGGUAUUGCGGUGUAUCUGUAGAUCCUGCGGGGUUCUGUAGAUAUUGAGGUGAAUCUGUAGAUAUUGAGGUGUAAAUGUAGGAAAUUGUGGUGUAUCUGCAGAUGUCAGAAGCAAGUAUUACCAUUUACAGCGGAUGUUGCAAGGUCACCAUUAGGUGAGAAGGGUAAAGUUCAUAUUUUACUGCAUGCGACACCUGAGCAUCAUUGCAAAUCACACGCAGGUGAAAUUUUUGUUAAACUUCAAACUGGAAAGAGAUUGUUUAGUGGGAGAUAACCUUUUACUGUAGAACUGACAAUUGAUGUCAGUGAUGUCUUACAUAUUACUGACCCUACAAUUAUUUACAAUAAGAAUAUUAAUAAUAAUUACGCUUAGAUGUAUGAAAAUGCAUAUUUUGAAGGUACUACUAAUAUAUAAGGUUUGUAUAAAGGUUUCUCGUCAGCAGCCUUAAUAUGUUUCUGACAGUCUAGCAUGAUCCUGUUAGCACCCUCGAGGUCUCAAUAAUGAAUCCUGGGGCAACACUGGGAAUGUAAGGACAAGUACCCUGUUAUCCUAGUUGUCAAGUGGUGUCCAGGGGCUACCCCUCAGGCUGUAAUAACAAAGAUGUCCAAAAUAACAUCAAACAAUGUUUCCGGGAUCUGUUCACUGUUUUACAACCUUGGAGACAAGGCGCUUGUCCUUACUUUCCCCACUUUACCCCGAGGGGAAAGUUUUACCUCGCUUCAUAAGUACAACACCUUGUAGAUUAAUUAUUAGACAAGAGCAUAUAUAUCUCUGUAAUCAAAGCUUGGUACUUUAAACUAUAAUUAGUAUAAUUUUCGGCAUCUCAAGCAGGAAAUAAUCUCUUUUGUCACAAUUAACUUCAUGUAUUACUAGACACAAGAAAAUUUUAAAUAAUUGCAGUGUACAAACAUUUUCAGACCUAUAAAUUUUAUUAAGCCAAAGUUCAAGCACUUUAUGAAUUAUUAUUAUUGUGACACAUCUGCUGACUUGGAGAGUCAGAGGAGGAAAAUCCGACACCAAAUCAUGUAAAUAACAAUAUUUUCCUACUGAAUUUCAUUUUCGACUUCUAGAUGUCAUCUUUAUCUCCUGAGCAUAAUAAUAACAACUGUGCUACUCUUGAAUUGCAGUUCAAUAGGUCACUGCUGCAAACUUAACAACUGCUGUCAGGUACACUACAAGAUGAAGAUCACAAACACUUUACUGUCUCUUAGAAACACAUUAGUGAUUCUGUCAAAAAUCUUCUAGGACUAUUUUCAAAUCCAUGUUACCACCAGGUGUGGAAACAAUGUUUGUACAAAAACUUUUAAAAAGUCCAUAAUCAUUUUGAUAAACAGGAUAGAAGUAGCCAUUGGAGACAAUGACAAAGAGAUCAGACAUUUCAUUUGUAGAACUCUUGUACUUUCAUAAUAAACACUUACUAAAGCCAUGUUUGUGGACAAGUUUUGUUCAUAAACUUUAGGGCUGUCUUAUGAACAUUAAGACCAUCUCAAAAGCACUAGGAACAGUGUUAUAAGCUUAUUACAAGAUGCUUAUUGAUGAAGAAUUAUAUGGGUUCUUAAACUGUUUUAGAAACAAAUAGGUUUAUGCCACAGUUUUUAAAACAGUUAGGUUCCAGCACACUGUCAAUGGUGUGUUAGUUUCUAGGACACAAAAUACUAGGCUAAUAUUUACAUAUUAACAUGUUGCAAAUGUUUGUCAACAAAAUUUGAUUCCAGAUAUUCUGCAGCCUUAAACAUUAAACCAAAGACAGUAAAUUGUUCAAACAUUUCUGAUGUUUCGUUUGAUAAGUUAAGCUGCAAAUGUAUAUAUAUAUAUGCGACAACAGUUUGAAGAAUGUUUAGACACAGGUACAAUGGACAAACAUCCCACACCCUUGUUAUCUAGUAUCUACAUCCUUGUCUGACUGGACCUGAGCCUGGUGGAAGUAGAAGUAGCAGGGCUUGUAAGUUAAAUGAUGAAAGUCCGGGACUAGCACACAAGCAGGGUGGUGUGGACAGAAAGUCUGAUGAUACAGAGCUGUCAGAUGAUGAAGUCCAUAAUAGAGAAAACCACAUGAAGCUGAUUUUCUUUCAGUCAGUGACUUACUUCAUUUUGCAAAGUCCAGAACUUUGUCCAUUAUCCCACUUUGCCAUGGAACGAAUAUAAAACAGCAUCACAUUAGUCUUUAAGAUUUCUUAAAACUUUUAGCAUUAGGAAUCUUCCAUUGUAAGUAAAUUCAUUUUUAAACAAUAACAGAACGGGGAAUAAUUUCUUUGAUUUUUUACAUAACAUUUGGUAUCAAGAAUUUCACAUUGUAACUUCAUUCAUUUUAAACAAAUGAGGAAUAAUCGAAACUGUAAUAACUGGAGGGAAAGUGAGGCUAUUGUCACCUCUGACCUGAGGCCAUAAAUGUAAGCAUUUUUUAUUUGUAAGGGUAAUUCAUCUAUUAGCUUGAUAAUGAGUGAAGGUAACUGAGGUAAAAAUUAGACCAAAAUUGUCUCAGAAUUUUUGGUGUGUAAAUUUCUAUUUAAAAAAUUAUAUAUGUACAUACAAAGAGAUUUUUUUUAACAAUCCAUUAAUUGUUAAAUAAAUAAAAGUUAGAGCGAUGGCUGACCUCAGGCUCUCCUGACCUCGCGUCGUUGUGAGGUCGACGGACCAGGUGGAGCACGUGACUUCCGUGACAUACCUGCUUGCUGCACGACAGCUCUAGGAUGAGGUUGGGGAGGGGGAAGAUGCUGCACGACAGCUCUAGUGUGAGGGAGGGGUCGGAGGGCAAGACUCUUGCUGCGGCGGCCAAUCAGGCCCUGCGAGACGUACCAGGGUCAUGUUGCUAUGGCAACGACUGGCUGGGACCGUGCCAGGACAAAUCCAAGUUCUUACACCUGAAAACCCAUCCUCUUACAAGGCAACACAACACACAAAGCUGCAUGGGUAACGCAGGAAGGGAUUUGAACUCUUGCGAACAGAUUGUGAAUUGUAUCCAUUAUAGACCCUUGAACACGUCAACACUUUUUUUCAAAUUAUAUACAAUUUGCAUGUGUUGUGGUCAUGCUAGACAUAUAUAUACAUACAUGUAUAUAUGUAUUGACUUGAAACAUUCCCUUGGGUGUACAUAUUACAAUGCAUGUUCUGUACAUAGCAGUAUGUUUAAUUUAUUCUAUUCCCUCCAUAUAUUUAUCUAUUAACUGUUGUCAUUGGUGCCGUUAUCAUUUGUGUCAUCACCAGAACUUUCAGUUGAUGUUUGUCUCAAAUCUUAGAAGAAGAAUUGGUUGUACUUUUAUUGUUUCACAAGGCGAAACAUUAUCUUCUCUCUUAUCCCUAAAUAAUAAUAAUAAUAAUAAUAAUAAUUUGUGACAUUGGACAAAAGUUAGAAACAAGGUAAGGCAAGUAUUUCUUGAAUUAUUCUUUCAAACGUUUAUUUAUAAAAAAAAAUUAAUUUUUAAAUAACAACCACUAAAAAAUCUAACUAAUCUAGAAGAAAGAACUGUUCAGUUGUACACGCUAAUACUACAGUGUGCAUUCGGUUUUUUUUUUGGUUUUUUUUUCCAUUCUAGAAUUUUUAGGAGUUUAAAGACCUGCAAGAGACCUGAACAUUUCCCCCCUUGUAUACGCAAACUAUUUUUUUUCCAAACGCACAUAUAUUCAACAUAUAUAUAUAUCCAAAUGCAAACAUGCACCCGUUCUACAUAUGUCUCCCAACAUAAUUUGUCAUCGUUUGAUCUCCUGCUACUACCACCCAUGAUGCACUAAAUAUUUAAAUAUUUAUACAGCGCUAUAUCAUGGAGACCAGGCUCAGAAUGCUUUUACAUAUCCAAAUAUACAGUACAGCAUAAAAAACACACACAAACACACAAAGUACUAAGGUACCAAAGUACUAGAAGGUUCGCCACCCUUUUCAUACAGUCUGCUUCACCCAGUUGGCCCAGAAAUGGAAUGGGUUCGUGACUCUAUAGAGGUCAGAGGUUACAGUAAGGCUUCAAGGUAGAGGAGACGGGUACCACCCUCACAAAAGCUCACUCCCCUACACUCGUAAACUACAGUACUUAUAACAUUUUUACCAUGAUACCCAUAGCUGGAAACUUGUGUUUUAUUGAGGACUAAACUUCAUAUUUUUUGUAACAGUAGGUUUGUAAACGAGUAUUGCACUCCCCACCCCUACCCCACUUCUCUUCUGAAACAAUCUUGGUGGUCGUUUGAACUUUAGUCCUGCCCUUGCUGUACUUUGUCCGUUGCCCUCUUUGGGAUGAAAGUCCAGUCGUGUAAGGAUAUUAAAGGGCUAGCAUACCAAAGUCGGGUCAAAGUUCAUCUCAAAGUCUACAAUCUGAAUCACGAAACUGGUCUCCUGUGCCAUGUCAAAGUUCAUGUCAAAGUCUAGAAUUAGGAAAGUGGUCUCCUGUGCCAAAUAGUUUGUCGCUGUUGCUGCCUCCUUGUUUUCUCUACCCCAUCCACCGACACCACACAUCGCACCCGCCCACAACCCAAAUAAAGACCUUCUGCUCAAGUCUUUUUUCUCUAUAGUUCGACAUUAUCACAAAAUAUGAGUAUGCAACUUCCCUUGUCUAGGAGGAAAGGCAACAAUUACAGGUCCAAAGUAUGCACGGUUGUAUAGAUGUACAAAAGGGUCUCCGUUUUAAAUUUAAGGAUUUUUUUUUAAAUACUUUUUUCCUAACAAAGAACCCAAUUCUUCACCCAGAACACACCACAGAUGCUUAAAACUUCUUUUUGAAUUUGUGUUCUUUGUCCCUCACCUUUCUUGGAUAUUUCAGUUCUGGUAGGUUUGGAAAUCUUUCUCUCUCUCUCUCGUCGGAUUUUUCCCUUCAAUUGGCUUCUGUUUAUUUCUCUAAAUUCAUUGCACCUUUAACCAUCCUUCCCUUCGUCAUGCACCAUCUUUAAAUUAUGAAGGUUACAUGUUUCAUUGGUGAACACUGCAAGCCCUGUGCAAGGUGUACAUAGGGGAUUCUACCGUGUUCCUUCGAAAUCAACUGUCGCUCAAUGUAUGGGAUUUUCCUAUAUUACAUGUAUUUCUUGUCGUUGUUUAGAUUGUUGGACAUUCCAACGUAUACAUCCGUUGCUCCCUGGAUCUCAGACUGUGCUGGAUGAGUAUUUUUGCUAAACGCCCUACACGAUGAAUUUUUCCAAAACCCAAAGAGAAAACGCGUUUAAUAUCGCUCCGUUAUUGUCGAUAACAUUCAUGAAAUCAUUAACAUCUGGUGGCAAGAGAGUUGUUCACUCUCUUUCUUUAUUUAUCUAAUUCCAUCUCUCUCACACACAUUCUCGCUCGCUCUUUCUGAGCCGCCGUGGUGCGAUGUCAUGACUGUGUCCAGCUCACCUGUCCUUACCUGUCACAUCAAAGUUCUUUUUACUUUGAUCCCUAGUCCAUCACCUGACCGAAGGGUGCUGUCAUCAAAUGUCUAUUAUACCAUGUAAAUGCUCUUUCCAACCUUUGACCGUUCUUGUUAGAAAAAGGGAACAAAUGAGAUCUUGGGAUGGAGAUAGAAGACUCCUAAAUGUCAUUGGUUGCAGCUCCGUCUGGUCCUUCUGGGUAAACUGUAAACAGUAAACUUUCUUGUCACAGUGGGCUUGAUACUAUAGCAUCACGACUAACUCUUCCCUUUGAAAUCAGAUGUGUUAAACAGAAAUCAGAAUAAGGUUUAUGUUUACCUGGCUUGUCUCGAUCCGGAAAUGCUAAGGUGAAAAGAAAGGAAGAGAUGAAAUGAUGGCUUGCUGGUUUGUUGACCUAAUCGAGAAUGACCUGUUGAUAGUCGUGUUUCCUAGCAACUGUUAGAGCUGAGAUAUAUCCAUGGAGGUUGUUUCUCGUGGUUUUUGAAUUUUCAGGAAUUUGAAGCUUCUGUCAGCUCAUUAGAAGUUGAAGGUCGACUCUAAAAGAAGUUUACGCGCCAAGGUUCAAAGGUCGGGUCUCGUUCGAGCUCCUUGUAGUUUGGCGGUCUUUGUUAUCUGAGUGGCCAAUGUGCUAACGCUCUGUCAGUCUCUGUGCUAACAUGCUAACAUGCUAAGUUGUUUCUAUGCUAAGGUUCUGCGUUAGCUUUCUUGGCAAUUCUACGAUGCACUGUACAGAAUCCUCUGGCGCUCUUCUAGUCUACAGUCUGUAUAUGUGUUGGCAUGGAAUGCUGCUGGCCUGUGUCUGUGGUCCUGAAUUGAAAUUGGUCUUUCAAGGUUUUCACACUCAAACUUAAGUAAAUAGAUGAGGACAAUGAUGACAAGAGUGAUGAUUAUGAUGAUGAUGAAGACGAGGGUUGGGAUCUCGAUACGGGCAUUUCAGAAGAAAAGAAUAAAUAAAAUAAAAUAAAAUAAAAAAAUAAAUAAAAGGAACUAGGAAGGGACAUAUAAGUCAGAUCUUGUGAGAGACUUAAAAGCACGUACUCACAAACAAGCUCUCUCGAAUUCUCUCUCUUACCCACACUUUCACACACACACAAGCAAACAAACAGUAACAGUUAUUAAUGAACCACUUAAACAUCUUUAGUCAUCUCUCUCUCUCUCUCAAUAAAAGGACUUAAUGUUCAGUAUGACUUCAAAGCCAAAAUGUUGUAUUUGUACGGUCGUGACAAUUUUCUCGCUUCCAAACUAUCCUUAACUGAAGCUUGACCCUUAAGCUUUUCUAUCAAGACAACUUUUUAAUGCUUUAAUAAAUAUUUUAAAAAAUAAAUAGGAUUGGUUAAACGUGAAAUUCUUUACAAUCCUAGAAAUUUCUCCUUUCUUUAAAUCCGCGAAAUAUGCGAGCUUUUUAAUGGUCUACCUUUAUUUCGGGUUUGCUUUUUAAUGGGGUGGAAUUUUCAUGCAUAUUCUCUAGAAAUUCAUACUGCUGUUUAUUAUUCAUUGAUGUUUAUUAUUAUUAUCAUUAUCACCAUCGCCAUUUUCAUCAUCACCUUUAUCUUCUUCUUUCUCCACUUCUUUCAUUCCUUCUUCGUGUCUCGUUGUAAGAACUCUCUCUCUCUCCUAAUUAUGAAUACAAUUCUUGUUGUCUGUGACUUUACGUGGUAUGUGGUAUGUAUGCUUGAUGGUAACUAAUUGGUGGUGCAUACAUUUAUAUAUAUAUACAUAUAUAUAGCAUAAACAAUGCGUAUUUGCAAUUCCAUGCCUUAGUCCAAGAACUUACGCCACCUUCAUUGAAGCUGUCUCCGCUUCAUGCAAUAGCCAAAAGCAACUCUGACUUGUUUAGUUUCAUCAGUAUGGCCAGUAGAUUUGUACGAACUUCUUUUUUCUUUUACAUUCAUGUGAAUGACAGGGCAGAUGAAAGUACCAAUCUAAUUUUUUGUGUUAAAACCUAUGGGCAUGAACAGUUUUUGUUGUUGUUGUUGUUGCUGUUGUUGUGUCGUUGUCUGAGGAAAGAGCUCCUAAACCUGCAGCUCGAUUGGACAGUCACGUGAUUUGACUUUUAAUAAGAAUGUUUAUUUACUUCGUUGGUAUUUGUGACUGAUUAGUACUUAAAGGUGUUUUAUUCCAUUGAUUAUGGGCGUAUUACGAGAUACAUUAUUUAUUGAUUGAUUUGUUUAUUAUUUUGAGCGUGUGUGAUUGUGUUUCUCUUAGCGAGCCUUAUGAUUUGAACAAAUCUGUUUGUAACAUUUGAUGGGUUUGUUUUUUCGUUAGUUCACCAUGAAACCAAAAUAUUGCCGCCUUAAAGCCAAAAUACAUUUUCAUUACCCAUAUGUGGAUAUAUAAAAUGUACAUUAGAAAAACUAUUACCUCGCAUGGUAAGGUAUUUCCGGUUCAGCUACCUGUAAUAGUUUGCCUAUCGUUUUCCUUACGUAGAUGAUAGAUAUACAACAAGAGUAAAAAUUAACAGGAACCUAUCUUUAAUUUAUCUUUUUAAAAAAAAAGUCUUGACCACUUAUUGUUGAAUUUUGUUUGUUUGUUUGUAAUAUCCUAAAGAAGGUUGUGAAAUUUAAAUCGUUGUACGAAUUUUAAAAAGAAAUAAAGAGUCAGCUUACAGGAACGGACUGCUGUUACUAGCGGUUUGAGGAAAUGGAGACUGGGGUACAGUGGCAAGAAGGAAGGAUAAAUACACUGAAAGAGAAACAAAAAAGAUUCAAUGUCAGCUAAUCGUCACUCUCACGAAAGGUCAACUAACGUCCUUUUGCCCUCCUGAGACCGUUGUCACCUUCACCUACAGGUCAUGGUCGUCGUGUAGUGACGUCAGUUUGGUUUGGAUGAGAGCAUGUCUUUGGCCCCUCGGACCACCUCAUGAGCGCUGCUCAGUGCAGGCUGAAUUUUUACCCUGUGUAUCAUUUUUCUCCAUUUCCUGUGAUCCCAGGUCAGUUGUUAUUGAGUUGAUUUAGUUAUUGUUACUGUACGGAGAUAAAAUAAAUCUUUUGUACAAAACACACUAUAGCGUGUGAAUCAUUUACAAGUACAGGAUGUAAACAAAUUCUAUAAUUUAAUAAAAUUACUAAACUUUACGUUUCUCAAUUUUUUUGCUCUCUUUCUCUCACUCGUUCACUCACUUUACUCACAAGCACACAAAUAUAAAAAAAAAACACACACAAUAUUACAAAGGCAUCAACUCUUUGGACAUUAAAAUGGCUUCUUAUGAUCGAGGUUUCUCUUUUUUCUACAUAAAACAAGGAAAAAGUUUCGCUACUUUUGAUUUAAAACAAAUCCUGACAAAAUCAAGUUUAUAUGACACUAUAAUAUACGAUAAUAACAUUACCUCUUUGAACUCAGAAACAAUGUUAUUCAAUAAUGAUUUUUUAAAAUAAUUUCAGAAUGGCUAAUUACUAAUCGUGGGAUGCACCAUUGUUUAGAUAACUGUGCACGAAAAUUGGGGGACUUUAUUACUGUCUGGUGAAAUAAAAAUGAAACCUAUAGCCAUUCUGUUAGGGUCUAUGUGUACUUGAUCAGGUGUUGAGCGCAAAAUUACAUCCGGGUUAUUUCUAAAGAGUUUAAAAUU